GCGCCACAACGCGGUGGCGUCACUGACGGCCGAAUGCGUGGGCGGGGUCUUACUUUGAACUCAGUUGGCGGGAGUUGUGGCUCCGAAAGGAACCUUGGCUGAUGCUGCAGGCUUCUAUCCGGACUGGUUUACGAUGGAGCCCACUGCGGGAAGCGAGAAGGAGAGUGACGGAGACGCGCUUACAGGGGAGUGCGGGAAUAGGAUCCCAGUGCCACGACCUCCCUCCAUUGAGGAAUUCACCAUAGUGAAGCCCAUUAGCCGUGGCGCCUUUGGGAAGGUUGUCAAAAAAGCAGAUAUGAUCAACAAAAAUAUGACUCAUCAGGUACAAGCUGAGAGGGAUGCCUUAGCCCUAAGCAAAAGUCCUUUCAUUGUCCAUUUGUACUAUUCACUACAGUCAGCAAACAAUGUCUACUUGCUCUUCUUUAAUUGUCUACUAUUUGUUUUCUGUUUGUGCAGGGAUUUGAAACCAGACAAUAUGCUUAUUUCUAAUGAAGGUCAUAUUAAACUAACAGAUUUUGGCCUUUCCAAAGUUACUUUGAAUAGAGACAUCAAUAUGAUGGAUAUCCUUACAACACCAUCAAUGGCUAAACCUAGACAAGAUUACUCAAGAACCCCAGGACAAGUGUUAUCUCUCAUCAGCUCUUUGGGAUUUUACACACCAGUUGCAGAAAAAAACAAAGACUCUGCAAAUAUUCUUUCAACCCAUGUAUCUGAAACAUCGCAGCUUUCUCAAGGACUAGUUUGUCCUAUGUCUGUAGAUCACAGGGAUGCUACUCCUUACUCUAGCAAACUACUAAAUUCAUGUCUUGAAACAGUUGCCUCCAAUCCCGGGAUGCCCAUUAAGUGCCUAACUUCUAAUCUCCUGCAGUCCAGGAGAAGGCUGGCUACAUCCAGUGCCAGCAGCCAGUCGCAUACCUUCGUAUCCAGUGUGGAGUCCGAGAGCCACAGCAGUCCCAGAUGGGAGAAGGACUGCCAGGAAAGUGACAAUGCACUGGGCUCUACAGUGAUGAGUUGGAAUAUAAUAGAAAAGCCUUCAUGUACAAAAUCAACCAAUGCCAUUGAGACCCAAGUUUUCAAUAAAAAGGAUCUUGAGUUAGCCCUUUCUCCCAUUCAUAACAGCAGUACCAUUCCUGAGACUGGAAGCUCUUGUGUAAACCUGGCUAAAAAAUGCCUCCCCAAGGAAGUUUCUUGGCAAGCAAGAGAACUGGAUAUAGAUAAUAUUCAUGUGGCCACUGACACAGCACAGUCUGGUUUUCACCAGUCAGAUCAGUGGGCUGUAGAUCCUGGUGAUAGGACUGCAGAGCACCUUGGGAAAAGAAUUUUUAAAAGAACUUUUGAGUUAGUUGACUCUAGUCCUUGUGAGACCAUCAUACAGAAUAAAAAAAACUGUAUAGAGCAUAAAUCUAGAAAUGAAAUGAACGAUGGUUAUAUAAACCAAAGGACAGGCUUAACAAUGAAAGUCCAAGACCUGAAGCUAUCAGUGUGUGGAGGUCAGCAAGGUGACUGUGCUGAUAAGGAGAACAUGGUCAGUUCUUUCACUGAUAAACCACAAACUCCAGAAAAAUCACCUAUCCCAAUGAUAGCAAAAAACCUUCUGUGUGAACUGGAUGAGGAUUGUGACAAGAAUAAUAAGAAAGACCUCCUAAGUUCGAGUUUUCUAUGUUCCGAUGACGAGAGAGCUUCUAAAAGUAUGUGUAUGGACUCCGAUUCAUCUUUUCCUGGAAUUUCUAUCAUGGAGAGUUCAUUAGAAAGGCAGUCCUUGGAUCCAGAUAAAAGCAUCAACGAAUCCUCUUUUGAAGAAUCAAACAUUGAAGACCUACUUACCGUAUCACCCAACUGGCAAGAAAAUACCUUGCCAAAAGGCGAUGAGAAUCCUGCUGUCCAAGACAGUAGCCAAAAAAUGUUAGCUCCGUCUUCAGAGGUGCUGAAAACAUUAAGCUUACCUAAAAGAAAUGCUGUAGCUUUUUGAAGUUUUAACAGUCAUAUCAAUGCAUCCAAUAACUCAGAACCAUCCAAAAUGAGCAUUACCUCUUUAGAUGCAAUGGAUAUUUCCUGCAUUUAUAGCAGUUCAUAUCCCAUGGCUAUAACCCCUAAUCAAAAAGGAGCAUCCUAUAAGCCAUAUCAACAGACCACGAAACAGGUCAAAUCAGGAACUCCAUAUCAAACUCCGAAGAGUGUGAGGUGAGGGGCGGCCCCCAUGGAUGAAGGGCGGAUUCUUGGAACCUCAGACUACCUGGCACCUGAGCUCUUACUGGCCAGGGCCCAUGGAUUUCUGACUUCCGGUCCUGCAGUAGACUGGUGGGCACUUGGAGUUUGCUUGUUCGAGUUUCUAACUGGAAUUCCUCCUUUCAAUGAUGAAACACCACAACAAGUAUUCCAGAAUAUUCUGAAAAGAGAUAUCCCGUGGCCUAAAGGUGAAGAAAAGUUAUCUGAUAAUGCUCAAAAUGCAGUAGAAAUACUUUUAACUAUUGAUAAUACAAAGAGAGCUGGAAUGAAAGAGCUGAGACGUCAUCCUCUCUUCAGUGAUGUGGACUGGGAAAAUCUGCAGCAUCAAACUAUGCCUUUCAUACCCCAACCAGAUGGCGAGACAGAUACUUCCUAUUUUGAAGCCAGAAAUAAUGCUCAGCACCUGACCGUAUCUGGAUUUAGUCUAUAGCACAUAAAUUUUCCUUUUAAUCUAAUCUUUUUUUAUAAGCUAUCAUAUACUCCUUCAUAGCAGAUUGAUCUAAGGGGGAAAAAGAAUCAUUAUGUUACUUGGAUCAGUGAGCUUCC